AUGGAGGUGUCCGUGAUCAGAAAGGCAGAUAGCGACACAGUGGGCAAGGUCGCGCAAGCAGUGACUGAGCAGGCCCGGCAGCUGGAGACGGUGGCGAGCCAUGUGCGCGAGCACGAGGGGAAAGUGGAGGUGCUUGAAGGCCGUACAGAGACGCUGAAAGAGCAGGUCCAACACAAGGCAGAAAGUGUGAACGUGUAUAGCACGGACGGAGUCGAUGGCAUGCUGCGGGCCUUCUAUAAUCGAGAAGAAAUGGAUGCUCUUUUGUCGCGAAUUUGGUGGCGACUCGGAGAUGUCAGCAAGGCUCCCAGCAGCACCCCCAGGCCGCCAACAAGGUAA